AUGAAUUACCUUCCAACAUUUAAAGAAAAAGUUUAUGAAUCUGACUUAGAUGUGGCAGACAGGUAUAAAAACUUUUAUUGUCCUCACUGUCAUAAUUUCAGCGUUGUACCAGUUCACAGAAAAGCAUUUAUGGCGUUAUUGUGGGUUCCAUUGUUUCCAUUAGGUGGUGGUAGUUACUUGAAAUGCCCAUUAUGUAAUUGGAUACAAGAAUACAAGAAUGAACAGCAAUUGGUUACGGUUGCUAAAGAGCAGGAACACAUUAAAAAGCAACAUCAUAUACCGACUGAUUUAUGA